GUAAUUUUUUGAGCAGAUAAGCAACAUAGAGAACACAAAUGGCCAUAGUUGACCAUUGCUUGCUCACAUAGUACCUGAACAGAGAACAUAAUUUCGUUUAGAUCACUACAACACACUUUUAACAGCUGAAUCUAUACGAAGGAACUAACCUAGCGCAUUGAAUUUAAACAUUUUAAUUAAUGAAAAUAGUUAGUAUUGUUUAAAGUGGGAAUAGUUUAUGGAAACAAUAUACCUGGUUGUAUCUCGUUUAAUCAUAUCAAUGACUUCACAACAGUCAGUUUUUCGAAGAAGACGUUCAUCCUCUUUAUCAACAAUAUACAACAGUUCUAAUUCAGAUGAUGAAGAUUUUUGGUCUGCUUCGUCGUCAAGAAAAACAUCAAAAGAUUGUGAAAAUAAAAAGAAGAUAAGUUUAUCAACUGUCCAGUCAGCGAAUGAAUUACGUAUUGUUAAUUCAGGUAUUGAGACAAAUGAAAUCGAGUAUUCACGUGAAACUUUGUACAAUUACAAUGAACCGCAAACUGUCAGGGAAUCUCGAACAAAUUCAUUCCAGAUUGAACGUUUAGCGUAUCGAAGGCAAUCAGUCAGUCUACCUGGGUUUCACGAAGGCUUGAAUUCUGGUAAAUUGGUAUCACGAUUAAGUUUAGUCGGUGAUGAACUGGAAGAAAGUUUAAAGAAAUUUAGUAAACCUCAAAAUGCCAAUAGAAGGUGGUCAAUUUUUCAACCAUUAACUUCGAAACCAGAAUCAUAUCAUCAAUAAUCCUAAUGUAAAAGAACAUAAUUUAAGAAACGCAAAUUUUCCUGUAUAAUCUGUUUUAUUUAAUCCAGAGAUAAGAUUGUACAUGACGUCCUUGAAAUGUCUUUCAUAUACGAUAUUUCUCAUUUGCUUUUUUUCCAUUUGUAUGGUAUUCGUCUGUUAGACAGAUAAACGAACAACUACCUCCAUACCGGAUUAUGCACAAUGUAUAUUCCAUUGUCAA